AUGCCGGUGGCGGGGCGCGUCCCGCGGCGGGGCAGCCCCGCGCCCCCCGCGCCGCCCCGCAGCCGCCGCCGCCGCGCCGCGAUGCCGGUGGCGGGGCGCGGGCAGCCCGCCUCCUGGCUGCUGGUGCUGGGCGCCGCCGCGCCCGCCCUCUGGCUGCGCUGCGUGCUCGCCGACUUCACGGUGGACAACGAGGUGCACUCCAGCUUCAUCCACCGGCGGCUGCGCGGCCCCGAGCGCCGCGAGAUGCAGCGGGAGAUCCUCUCCAUCCUCGGCCUGCCGCACCGCCCGCGGCCGCACCUCCACGGCAAGCACAACUCGGCCCCCAUGUUCAUGCUGGACCUCUACAAUGCCAUGUCCGUGGAGGAGGGGGCGGCGGGGGCCGCCGCCGAGGACGGCGAGGGCUUCUCUUACCCCUACAAGCCCAUCUUCAGCACCCAGGGGCCGCCCCUGGCCAGCCUGCAGGACAGCAACUUCCUCACCGAGGCUGACAUGGUCAUGAGCUUCGUCAACUUGGUGGAGCAUGACAGAGAGUUUCACCAUCAGCGCUGCCACUACCGAGAGUUCAGGUUUGAUCUCUCCCGAAUCCCGGAGGGGGAGGCGGUGACGGCGGCAGAGUUCAGGAUUUACAAGGAUUACAUCCGCGAGCGCUUCGACAACGAAACCUUCCAGAUCAGCAUCUACCAGGUCCUGCAGGAGCACCCGGGAAGGGAUUCAGAUUUGUUCCUGCUUGACUCCAGAACGAUCUGGGCUGCAGAGGAAGGGUGGCUGGUGUUCGACAUAACCGCGACCAGUAACCACUGGGUGGUGAAUCCCCAGCACAACCUGGGCCUGCAGCUCUCCGUGGAAGGGAUUGAUGGACAGAGCAUCAACCCCAAGCUGGUGGGGCUCAUCGGCAGGCACGGCCCGCAGAACAAGCAGCCCUUCACCGUCGCCUUCUUCAAAGCCACCGAGGUGCAUCUGCGCAGCAUCCGCUCCACGGGGGGGAAGCAGAGGAGCCAGAACCGAUCCAAAACACCAAAGAACCAGGAAGCUUUCCGGGUGUCCAACAUCGCAGAGAACAGCAGCAGUGACCAGCGCCAGGCUUGCAAGAAACACGAGCUCUACGUCAGCUUCAGGGACCUGGGGUGGCAGGACUGGAUCAUUGCUCCGGAGGGCUACGCUGCCUAUUACUGUGAAGGAGAAUGUGCUUUCCCCUUGAAUUCCUACAUGAAUGCUACAAACCAUGCCAUUGUACAGACACUGGUUCACUUUAUAAACCCAGAGACUGUGCCGAAACCCUGCUGUGCUCCUACACAACUCAAUGCCAUCUCAGUGCUCUAUUUUGAUGACAGCUCCAAUGUUAUCUUAAAAAAAUACAGGAACAUGGUGGUACGAGCAUGUGGCUGCCACUAGAUUUGUAGGAAAGAGAAAGACGAAAGAAAAAGAAGUUUUUUGCAAAGAGUGAGUUUGUAUGGCUGUGUGGGGGAGGGGGAAAGGUUGGUGCUCCAGCCAUGGGUUUAAAAAAAUCCCAAACCAUUUUAGGACCAGGCCUCUGGAAGUUCAGACAAUGGAACAGUUUCUGAAUCUAAAGAGACAUUUGAACACAUUUUGUUUUAGUUUAUUACAGACAAUGAGCUUGUAAACUGAAACAAGCCAGAGAAACCGUUUAAAACCAAAUCUGCUUACAAAAUUGGCUCCUACAGUACAUACUUUUGCAAACGAGUCUUUCUGGAGAUUGCAAACUCACCAGUGUUGAUUGUGAGUAAAACAGUAAUAAUCUAUCCAAGGUGAGACUGUGCUGUGACUAAUAAGUGUGUGUAGUUCCUGUAACACGGUUUGCAAUAAAAUAAGUGAACAAAAUAUACCUGGAGUGAACAGGUAUUUUGUUAGAGAAUCAUUGCUUCCACCCCUCUGCUUCAAUUUCAUAAGCAAAAUGAAGGAUGAAUUACAUGCAACUUCCAGUUUCAAACUACAGUAGCAAAAGCUGGAUGUGGAUUGACACAAAUUCAAAGGACAGAUUAGGCUAAGAAAAAAAAUCAAGUGGCAAGCAAAAGACUGAAGAAAAGUUCUUCAAAGAGCAAGAAUUUUGGGGUGUACUUUUUUCUAUCAACAAGGAAGGAAAUUUCCUCUUGCAGCCAGGAAAUAUUUGAAUUUGCAUUGAACUUGAAACAGGAAAGCAGCAAAAUGCUGAGAAGCAGGGAUUAAACCUAAUGUUUAGCUGGGGUAUCCUAAGCAGCUACAGAGCUGUAACUAAAGAUCCUGCUGCUGUGUGGAAAAUGUCCACCGACUUCCCUGAGGGAACAAGUUCCAACACCUUCCUGAGAACACGGAGGCUCAAGCACAGAAGGUGCUGUGAGCUGGGAUGUACACCCAGCACCACACAGACUGGGAACCAGCUAGGAAACCUUCCUUCCUGGGGUCAGUGCUUCUGAUAAACCUCCUGCUCUGUUGGCUUCACCUCAAAAAAACCCCAAAACAAUCCCUUUCAAGGGCCACCAAGAAGCUGGAACAAGAAGCAAGAAAAUGUCCCCUCAAGGCUUUUAUUUUUCCUUCUUUUAAAGUCACAGGUUACACAAACAUCACACUUAAGUAAUUAAGGCUCAAUUAAAGUUGUUGCAAAGAAGAAUGCAGAGUUGCAGUAACCAAUCAUAAACAAAUCCCCCACUUUGGCACGCAUCAAAGUAGGAUUGGCUUAAAUUCCACCACGGAGAUAAAAAGAAAAUAAUGCCCAGUAAAACACCAUGUCCAGCACACCCAGCUCUAAAUCUCCAAACUCCAAAAAGCUAAACCUCCAACAGAUGGGUCCAGGACAUCGCCAAUCCCUGGAGAAGGGUCUCUGCUCAGUGAGGAGACGGGGCGAUGCAGCCACAGUGGGGUCUUGGCUCCAUGUCUUGCCUUAAAGGAGGGUUCAGAGAAAGAAGAUAAAUGAAAUUCUGGACUUCACUCACUACUCUUCUCCCUUUAAGUCACAGAUCAAAUCCAGACCAGAUGCCUCACUUUAAAAAGAAUAAGCAAAGGAAGAAAAAAACCCUAACUGUCUAUGAAAUAAAUCGGAAACUUGUUUCUGAUGGCCUAAUUCUCAUCUCAUUUAAGUAAAUUGGUGUUUUCCCAGCAGUUUUCUCAGUAGCAGGAUUAGGCUGAUGGGAAAGGGGAAGUCCAUCCACAACAUUGGUAGGUUUUGGAUGGAGGCCUUGGUGAGCAGCUGCCAUGUUGCCAGAUGUGCCUGGCAUCCCACCCAGGCCACUCCAACAUCUUCAGGAGCGGCCUGGCUGCAGCAGGCACACUCCACAGGCAGGGCUCUCGCAAACUCCCCACGGGGAGACUUUGGGCAAACACAGCCAGCCACAUGGCAGGACAACAGCUGAAGCCAAAAGUCCACCUCUCACAGGGCCUGCAGCCAGCACCAUCCACCACCAGCAGCCAAAACUGCCCUCAGUGCACCCCUGGUUUAGAGCGAGGAACUGAAAUCACACAGAUGGGAAACAUCUUUUGACAUUGUAUACAUAUAUACAGCAGUGCUUCUGUAAACCUCCUAAAGGAAGUGAAGGUGCUGCCUAGAAAGUUAAAAGCUAAUCAUGCCUGAACUUCCACUAUUUAGUAGUCAAGGAUUAGUUUUCUCUUGCGGGUGUUUCAGUGUUGGUGGUCGCUGCGUUGGUGUAUUGCAUUUUUACCUUGGGCCACGGUAUCUUGCUGUAUAGGACUCAUAUAUUAAAUAUUAUGUGGGGAUUGUUUCUGUUUUGGUUUUUUGUUGUUGUUUUUAAGCAUAAUAACAGGAUUUCUGUUGCUAGGCUCAACAUCAGCUUCACUGUUUGUACAUUUUUAUGUAAAUAGUUGUCACAAGCGGAAGAAGAAUUAUUUAUUUCCAUCUCUGAAUUCCUUUUCAAUCACAUGCAGGAAAAAAUGAUUCUCGGUUCCUAAACACAUUUGUUUCCUUAUUUAAGAAGAUAUUUAUUAACAGUUGGCAAAAAUGCAUACACAUUUCUGGUUCUUUUCAUAGAGCAGUUGUCAGAAGCCUUUUUGUACAAACUAGUAAAAUAAAUCAUUGCAACUUUACAAAAGACGUCCCGA